UUACCUCAAAUAAACAGUGUAUUUCUGCUGUUGUGUUUCUUUAACCAUCUGUCUGACUUUGUCGUUCACACAGGAGAGAGACGUGGCUAUCGUGGAUCCUCUGGGGAGCCUCAACAACAUGAUGCUGACGAGGCAGAAAGGUCUCUCUCCAGAUCAGAACACCUUAAGAAAAACCAUCUGAGACCCACUGGGAAGAAAUCUCACUGCUGCUCUGACUGUGGGAAACGUUGCAAAUCUUCAUCAGAACUUAAAAUACACAAGCGAGUACACACAGGAGAGAAACCUCACCACUGUUUUGAGUGUGGGAAGAGUUACUCAUGGUCAGACUCACUUAAAGUACACUUGAGAAUUCACACUGGAGAGAAACCUUAUGGCUGUGCUCAAUGUGGGAAGAGUUUUACUCAGUCUAGCUGCCUGAAAUCACACCAGAGAAUACACACAGGAGAGAAACCUUAUAGCUGUGAUCAAUGUGGGAAGAGUUUUACUCAUUCAAGCUGCCUAAUAGUACAUCUGAGAGGGCACACAGGAGAGAAACCUUACCACUGCCCUGACUGCAGAAAGAGUUUUGUUAGUUCAACAGAUUUAAAAUCACACCAGAAAAUACACACAGUAGAGAAACCUUGUAAAUGUACUCAAUGUGGGAAGAGUUUUACUCACUCAAGCUGGCUGAUAGUACAUCUGAGAGCGCACACAGGAGUGAAACCUUAUAGCUGUGAUCAAUGUGGGAAGAGUUUUGUUACAUCUAGCCAUCUGACAAUACACAAGAGAGCACACACAGGAGAGAAUCCUUAUAGCUGUGAUCAAUGUGGGAAGAGUUUUACUCAGUCAAGCAGCCUGGUAUCACACCAGAGAACACACACAGGAGAGAAACCAUAUAGCUGUAAUCAAUGUGGAAAGAGUUUUACUCAGUCAAGCAGCCUGGUAUCACACCAGAGAAGACACACAGGAGAGAAAUAUAGCUGUGAUCAAUGUGACAAGAGAUACUCUGAUAAAAGAUCUCUGAUCAAACAU